CCCGAAACGCACCCACGACUCCCACCCAAACCAUUCCGCACUCAGUCAGUCAGUCAGUCGGCCUUCUUGCUCCCAACGGUGUUGCGAUUGUCGUCCUGCUGCUGCGACCCCGGUAGGAAGAAUGGGCGCACUGACGGGCUGGGGAUGAGGUUCUGCAUAUCCGGGGAGGGGUUGGGGCUGAGAGAGGUGUUGAUGGUGAAGCUCGUCGACGCGACCCGGCUCUGACGGGGGUCGAUUCCCUCGCCGUCUGGGGCGGUCUUGGGUGGGCUGACCGUCAUGAGCGGCUGGAUGGGCAGGUAGUACUCCAUCCCUAGCCUGUCCAUCGUCUGCAUCAGGUGCCUGCAGCCAGACAGACAAACAAAGACACAAACCAGUGCAUGGCGGCUAGGUGAGUCACGAAGUCGGUGUGUGCUACCCAGACCAGAAAAGUUUAGUUCUCGCAGGGUAGAUGUCCCUGUGCUCCGCCCAGUUGAGCAUGUGAGUCACCCACAGGCCAACCUGACCACACAAGACACCACACCACCCACCCAACCAACACACAGACAAACACAUACAUGGGUGUGGUGUCCUGGCUGUCUGUCUUGUCGCACCUCCAUCGAGUGGUUGGGCUGGAUGCUGUAGACAUACAGGUCAGGUGGCGGGCUGCUGAUCCAGUCCCUUGGGUUGCGGCAGCAGUACUCGAUGACCGCUCGCCGCAGGUCCAUGAACUGCUCCAUCGACGUCUUGGUCGACAGCUGGAAGAGGAUCUCAAACACGGCGGGCGGCGACUUGCUCUCGUUGAUGAUCUUGGCCACGGCCAGCUGGAAGUUCGGCAGCACCAGCUGCUUGUUGUGGAUCGUCCUGACACACACGCAACGCAAUGCAACGCAGAGAAGAGGUGAGCGGAGCGGAUGGUAUGUGUGUCGCUGGGAAGCUAAGCCGGUUUACUCGAAUGUGGUGGUCAUGACGGAGAUGCGCCGGACGUACAUCGCCACAUCGCCGUCCACACUGACGCGAUCUGCACACACACACACACAGAGAGAGAGAGAGAGAGAAAUGCGGCCAUCCAUCCAUCCAUCCAUCCAUCCAAUCGGUCUGUGUGUCACCGACCACCGAUGUCGAAGGGAUGUUGGAUGAAGACAAACACCAGGGAGUCCACAAAGUUCUUGAUCGAGUUGCCCAACGCAAAGGCGACGCCAGCGAAGAUGGAGGCGAACCCCAGGAUGGUCGUGUACGGGUUGACGCCGAGCAGCCACAGGACGGUUAUGAUGAUGAUGCACCACUGCAGCAUCCACAGGAGCGACUUGACGAUGUCGGCGACCGACUCGUCCACCUCCAGUGACUUCAACAGCUGCUUCCGCUCGUUGUACGCCGCCAGCAACGCCGACAAGAAUCGGGAGCGCGUUACGCGACCAGUGCCUGCACCACACACACAUCCAUCCAUCCAGGAAUGUGCGUCUGUCUGAGUGUUUGGGUGCGGUGGGGCUCACCAGAAGGGUCAAGGAGCAGUAGGAGCCGCUCAGCGUCCUCAGGGUUGGGAAUGUAGUGUCGAAUGAGCUCGCGGCCGAAGAAGUUGUAAGAAACUGAACGCCACGCACGAGCGGAUCGGAUAGGAUGCAUUCGUCCGAGGACACGCCCGCAGCCCAUUAUAUCUUAACCUCUCGCCCACUCACUCACCGGGCUGUGGCACAAACCCAUCCUCGCCCUCGUGCAGGACGGGGGGCAUGUUGGAGGGAUACCUUCUGAGGAUGGCGAAGGACUCCAUCGUGAUACGGCCCUCCUCUACCAGCUUGGCCUGCACCUCCAGCAGCUGCGUGAACAGCUGGUUGCCGUACUCCCGCACCUCCCUCUUGCGAGUGAUCUCAACACGACCCACACCUGCACACACACACAUGGAUGGAUGGAUGGGCUGUUUUGGCCCCAGCCCCGCUGACCUCUGAGGUGGAAGCGAAUGGGGUGGAGGAUGACGUACGAUCUGUGGCGCCAUGAUUCCCAUGCUGUGGGUGCGGGGCCGCUCAGUCCAAUGCCGAGCUGCACCACACCACACCAACCAAUGACGCAUCUCAUGUCAUGUCUGUCCGCAUGUGCAUUGACUGCAUUGAUCCACCCACCUCGCCGCCGAUGCUGCUGCCGGCCGAUGACCCCACGGCAGGCAUCUCGUUGACCACAGCCGCAGAGGCCGGCACGCGAGAGGUCCAGCCAGUUCCGUGCCUCCUGGCUGCGACGUGGCGGGUGGGGAGUCGCUUGAGGGCCUCAGAAGUGAGCUUCUUAUGACGAUUGGUGAAGUCGUAGUAGCCGAGGUGCAGGUGGAGCUCAGGUGCGACUCGGUUGAGUCGCGAGAAGGCCCGCUCCUUCCAUACCAGCAGCUGGAGCUGUCUGUUCCGCGUGCCGUUGCUCUGGAUAGACACCCACGUCAUGACCAACUCACGGACGAUACUCUGAUUGAUGGAACCAAACACGAACACACACACACACACACACACACAGAGAUGCAUGCGGCCGUCCUGCCAUCCGUGAAUCCAUCCAGCGUCAGACCUACCAGUAGACUCAUGAUGAAGAGCGAGAGCAGGACGGCCCUCAGCCCCCUGCGAACGUUCUGCUCGAUGUUUCCCAUCUGCCCGUCGUCGCGCUUUUGGCAGUUGGACGUGAAGGUCUUGCACGAGAACAUCACGGCGUACGCAACCAGAGACAGCGAAAACCACAACACACUGAAUCAACCAAUCAAAAAAGAGGACACACAUGAACUAACACGCACGUGUGUGUGUUUGCUGGCGCUCUCUCACCGUGCGCAGUGUUCGUGGAGCGUCUCUAUGAUGAGUGACGACGGCAGGUUGGCGUCUGGGUCCACAACCGUCAUCAUGGCAACCAGCAUUCCUGGAGGGAGUACGUGCAGGCAGGCAGACAGCACACCAACGAGUGGGCUCAUGGUAAUCAAUCCCAUCCCACGCACAGAUGGCCAGCUCAGCUCCCCUUGGCCUGCCUGACUCGACUCACCGAAGCCGAUGAAGGAGACCAUUCUUGCGACGAGUAUGGCGGCGAAGAGGAAGAGCCACUGAGAGGACGGGCUCUGCAUGGUCUUUUCGCUGUUCUCCAGCACCCACCCCAUGACGAACAAGGCCACCACACCGAAGAGGUACCACACAAAAGUGCACAGGUUCGGCAUCUUGCACACCGACAGGCAACGCUUCAAGCAAUUCGUCGUUCGCUGCAUACACACCCACAUGCCAACCAACAGAUACGCGCCUCCAUCUUGGCUCUCCUCCUCCCCGCACCGGCCCACCUUGAUCCUCCUGUUUCGUUCAAAGCUGCCCUCCUCCUCAUUGUCAAAGUCUUCCUCUUCCUCCAUCAGCUCCAUGUCCGUCACACGGUCGGUGGCGCCCCCGGGGAACUUGGAAUUGCCGGUCCCCUGACGCUUUAUGUUCAUGAACGACCCCCACCCGACAGUGAAAACUCCCGUGACGCCGCGAGAGACGAGCCCGUUGGCCCCACCACCCCCUCCACCUCCACCGUACGAUCGGCUCUUGUUGACGUCGGUGCCGUUGUCGAGCAUGUCGUCGCCCUGCUGCGACACGCUGUCGUCGAGGUUGUCAUUGUCGGCGUUCAGGAACCCCACACGGCUGGUGUUCUGCUGCUCACGCUCACUGGCGAACUCGGCGGCGGUGCCGAUGCCGAACGAGGGGCUGGUGAUCUGCAGGCUGGUCAGCCCAUUGCUGACGUGCUUCUCCACCAUAUCCGCUGUGGGUGUGUCCUUCUCCUCAGCCUCCUGGCCCCCCGCUGCGGCCCCUGUGGGGUCCGUCCCGUUGGUGGGUGUGUGGGGAGCGGGGGAUGGUGGGGGCGAGGGGCGCUUCACGGGUUCGCUUAGAGUCGGAGGAGCGAGGUUCUGCGGCCUUUGCUGCGCAUUGGGCGUAUUGGGGGUCCCCUUGGGUGUGCCGGGCCGCGUGCCGUUCCUGGUCUUGUUGCGGGUGCCCGGCUUGCCGGUGGUGCUGCUGGUGCUGGUGCGCCGCUCGAGCUCGGUGUCGGUGUCAGGUGGGAAGGGGCGAGUGGAGGUGCCCUCGGCCAAAUGACGGGUGAUCUGCCUCAAAACCCGCACACGCUCCCACCUGCACACCAAACACACACAUACAGCAGACAAGGGGAGUGAGUGAGUGUCAAUCAAAAGUGUGUCCGUCGGUCCGGCGGAUGUGGUGUGGUGUGGCGGUGGUGGUGUUGUCCGUUCAUGACAGUCACUUACUCCUUCUGCGGGUCCCGGUCGAUGAAGGGCUUGCUGACAUUCUCCAGCACCUCUGCAAGGCAUCCGUACACACAUAUAAGGUUAUGACAGAUGUGUCCGGAGCUCGGUGUACGGGUGUCCGGUGAGCCUCUCGCAUCAUCUGUUCGCACCGUCAGAGUCGAACGCCUUGGCCAUUCUGUCGGAAUGGAUCUCACAAGACCACACCUGGCUCACUCGAGGACCAGGAAGUCACUCCUUUGCCGCGCGCUGCCGGCGAGAGUGAAGGCGGUGAGAGGGCGAGAGAUCUAUCGCUCGCUGAUCACCGGCAGCUUCGGCGUCGACAGGAUCCUCCCCUUGUGCAGUAGCACACGCGCGCGGCGCUGCG